UGGUGGUUAAGUAACUGCAUUGAGCCUGGCCAUGUCCGCGUCAGUAAAGAGCUUGCUACAAGACGCGCGGGCUUGUCGCUUACAUUAUUUUCAUACAAACAAUCUCGAUAGAAGGUGCAAGUGAAGGUUUUAUCAACAGUUCUUUGAAAAUCUUGAAACAAACUCAACUUAUCAAAACUUUUUGGUGGUGAACCGUGGAAUAUAAGACCAAAUCCUGAAAUAAUAAACUAAAUUAAACCUCAAAGUUAAUUAAUUACAAAUUCAAUAAUAGUUAAAAAGUCAAAAAUAACCAUGUUUUGUAUACGAUUAAUAUCGUUAUCAUCUUUGCGAGUGAAUAUUUAAAACAAAAAUAUCCUGUGAAUUACACUUUUAAUUGAGGACAAGUGAACAUGCGUGUGCGGUGGUUGUGCGUGGUGUUUUUGUGCGUAGCCGCUCUCCUGCCGUGCGACGCGUUGCCGCCUGCAGCACUCGGUGAUGUUGUUGCCAAUGCAGCAAGCAGUCUUAACUCCAUGAAAGUGACAGGAGCAUGGCGAAGGUUAUCGAGUACAGUAAGCGAGUCUGUAGGGCUGAAGUACGCUCUGCGGCGCCUGCAGACUGUCCCAGCGCGAGCAGCACGGCUUGUUCACGCGCUUGUGGAUCGCAUGCGGGUAGGCGGAGGUCCAGUUGUUGACACAAAGCUUGGCUCUUUACGUGGACGAAGAGUCGUGGCAAGAACUAGCGCGCAGACGCCGUACUACAGUUUUAAAGGAAUUAGGUAUGCACAGCCUCCACGCGGCUCCCUGCGGUUCAGGCCGCCUGCUCCGCUGGAGCCCUGGUCAGGAAUCCGCGACGCCCUCGAAGAAGGCGCCGUAUGUCCCCAUCGCUUCAUGCUCUUUGACACCUACAAAGGGGAUGAGGACUGCCUCUUCCUUAACGUCUAUACGCCCGCUUUGCCUGAUAAGUUGACCGGAUACAACCCGAAACUCGCAGUGAUGGUAUGGAUCCACGGCGGCGCCUUCGCAGUGGGGUCUGGCAACGCGUUCCUCUAUGGGCCGGAUCAUUUGAUCGGCGCUGGCGUCGUACUCGUCACGCUCAAUUACAGGCUUGGGGCGCUUGGCUUCUUGAGCUUGGACAGUGAAGAGGUGUCCGGGAAUAUGGGACUUAAGGAUCAAGUGAUGGCUCUUAAAUGGGUACGUGACAACAUCGAGGUCUUCGGUGGCGACCCGGAACGAGUGACGAUCUUCGGCGAAUCCGCCGGCGCCGCAUCCGUGCAUUUGCACAUGCUUUCAUCAUCAUCGCAGGGCCUCUUUCAUGCGGCAAUCGCGGAAAGUGGCGUGGCGCUUUCGCCGUGGGCGCUGGCGCAAGAUCCCCGCACUCGCGCCUUUGAGCUGGGCCGAGAACUUGGCAUCGAUACCAACAACACCGCAGAACUGCUUGGCUAUCUUCGCGCUACACCAAGCGAGUUGCUAGUGAAAGCCGGAGUGCGGUUGGCGGGGGCUCCCGGCAAAUCCGAGGACCUACACAGCACAGUGGCGCUGCCUUUCCUGCCCGUUGUGGAGCAAGACAUACCAGGAGCCUUCCUGACGAAGCCACCCAAGGAAUUGCUACCGGGAGCGGACGUUCCAUUUCUUACUGGAUAUAAUGCGCAAGAAGGCAUUAUAUUGUUUCGACGCCUUCAACGCUACCCUAAGCUGCUGAGCGAACUGGACCGCGAGUUCCAGCGGGUCGUUCCACCAGAGCUGACGACUUUAGACGAGAAACGAGCACGCCGAGUGGCGGACCAUAUCCGAGCCUUCUACUUUCAGCAGCGUCCUGUUGACAUACACAACAUCGACAGUCUCAUCGACUUGUUCACAGACGUAAUGUUCCUGCGGCCAGCGCUAGAAACUUUGCGGUUACAAGCAAUGACAAACAGAACCAGUCCGACUUACCUGUACCGGUUCGCGUUCGACGGUGCUCUGGGCCUCUUCAAACGCAUGCUGGGCAUUACGCACCCCGGCGCGUGCCACGGCGACGAAAUGGGCUACCUGUUUUACUUCUCCAGAUUAAACUACAGGCUAGAUGACAACUCGCCGGAGUCGACGGUUUCCAAGAAAAUGGUUCAAAUGUGGGCUAAUUUUGCCAAAACCGGGAAUCCAACACCCCCAGUGGACUACGAGUCCGUAGUGGACUUCAAGUGGCUGCCAGUGAAUGACACAGCCAGCGUGAACUACCUCGACAUCACACAAAACUUCACCCUCAAAGUCAACCCUGAACCGACAAGAGUGCGCUUUUGGGAUUGGCUCUACGAAAACUAUGCAAGUGAAAAACAUUGAUAAGUGUUGAGUGGACAACAAAAGUUGAGAACAGUGUAUUUAAAUCUAGUUUAUAAGUGAAGUGUGAAUAGAAACUCUAGUAAGCAUAGGUAACUGUAUGACUUGUAACUGUAAUAGCAUGUAAGGUAAUAAAUGUGCGUUCACAUUGUGGUUA